UGCAAAAGGCAUUUAAAGCCUCCACCACAGCGGUAAUGAUCUGUUUUUUUACAUGUUGGCCAGUGCUGCAGGUCUGAGCCGAAAAACCCGAAGAAAAAAUGGAGAUGGACGACCUUUAUGACGCUGUUGAGGACAAACCUGCCUAUUCCAGACCUUUGGCCCAUGAGACCGCUCCUCAGGUCUCAAACAGGGGCUUACGUGGAGCUGUUGUCUUUCUGGGGUUGCUCUGUGGUUUCCUGGCCGUCGGACUCAUCGGAGUCAGAGUCCACUAUUUUCUUGCAACACGUGCCUUGGCUGCAGAGCUGUUCUUCAUGAAAUCCAACCUCCAUGACUGCAUUCAGACAGGAAAUGACCACAUAUCCAACCUGACGGAGGAGAGAGACCGGCUGAACGCCAGCCUCGUCAAAGCCACUCAGGAGCUGAAGAAGCUUGGGAUGGUGAGAACGUGUCCUGAAGGAUGGAAACUGUUCAGCAGCAGCUGUUACUUCCUUUCAACUGUGAUAGAAUCCUGGGAAACAGCCAGAGACAACUGUAGAAACAAAAGUGCAGAUCUACUGAUAAUCAACACGAAAGAAGAACAGGACUUCAUCUCAGGGUUCAACAUGGGGUACUGGAUCGGUCUGAGUGAUCAUGAACAGGAGGGAACCUGGACAUGGGUCGAUGGAUCUCCAGUCACUCUGUCGUUCUGGUAUCCAGGUCAGCCUGACAAUCACUAUGGUGAAGAGCACUGUGGAAUAAUGUGGUAUAAUGGCCAGUGGAAUGACCUGAACUGUAAAGACGGUCGUCGUUGGAUCUGUGAGAAGUAACUGCGGUCAAGUGUUUGAAGACAAUACUUUGCAAGUGCUGUUAAAACAAAAAUACUCUUGUUUUUGCGUCUCAUAUCAGAGCUUUUUUUCUCUUCUCAGUUUUCUUCAGUGUCCAACAGGUUCUGAUGUUUGUAUAUUAAGAUUUCACAACAUUAACCCAUAAAGACCCAAACAUCCACCACCAACCAAAAGCAUCUACUGAUGUAUAUUUUGCUGAAAAAGUCAAUUUUUCUCAAGAUUUACAUGUAGUUGAGUUUGAAGUAAAAUCAUAGUGGUUUAGUGGCUUUUAAAGAGUCUAUCAAUGUCAAAUCAUUCCUUCCUUCCAUAUAAACUGUUGUUGUUUUCAUCACCAAUGAAUAAAUAUACCAAAUAAAUAUUAAUAUAACAAAUGAAAAAGAAUCUGAUAAUCAGCACAAUAAACUUAACAAUUAUUGAUAUAAUGAUCCAUCAUUUACACAUGUUCAUUACAACUUACAGAUCACAGUGGAUUUACAAAGGCACAAAACAUAUAGUAACAGGCAGAAUAUAGUUAAAACUGCACUUAUUUUUCUUGAGAAAUUUCAGG